AGCCUGCAUGCGAGCGAUGCAUCAGCGUGAAAAUUACAUCACUUGAGUGCAGGCUCGGCGGUUGGAAGCGAUAUUCAAACGUGAUAAAGCUGUUGCCGAGAAUCCCGCGCAUUGCAAUUUGAUCGGAUAGAUAAAGCAUGCAGGCAUUGUACGCAGGUACCGUCUAGUCGGUGAAGGCGCGAGGGGGGCGUGUGAUAACGAUGGCAGCGAUAACGGCGCGGCCGGAGAGCGCGCCGGUCGCUCGCCGGCGGCAGACACAAAUUUUUCAACACUUUUUGCGUGGCUAACUGGAAGUGCUAGCGGUAUCGUGGUGCGCAGUGACAUAGAGUAGAAGCGACCUAACAUGUACGAUAUGAUUUAAGCAGUUCCGCAGAAGCUCUUCUCCAAUGCGGACACGUUCUUAGCAAUUACCCUUAAUUGGUAGAUUAACAAAUUGACAUAACUUUUGCUUUCUGACUUCGUCAUCGUCUCGGCAGUGUAGUGUUAAUGUGUUUUCGGCGUUAUAGAGCAAACAUUUUAGUGACGUUCCCACUUUUCACUUACAUUUUCUGAUAAAGUAAACAUAACGACUUGUGAAACGGAACCAAAACAGUGCAUGAGUCAGUGAUUGAAAGUGCGUUAGUUAAGAUGAAGGAUUCGGCAGCGCGGUGCGAGGACGUGGCAGACAAGCUGGUGCGUCUGUUCGGGUGGAGGCAGACCUAUCCGGUGCAGAAACUGCAGAGGAACAUACUGCCGAAGGCUAAUGAAGCGGGCCCCGAAACAUGGGUGGGAGUGCGAGCGCUGCGCGCCAGCUCCGGCGGCAUCCUGGACCCGGACGACCGCGUGCGCGACGUGGCGGACGACCGCGAGACGCUCACCGCCGAGUGCGCAGCCCAGGUGCCGGCGCCGCGGGCGGCGCAGGCGGACGGCGCCAGCGGCUCCAGCGCGGGUACCGCGUCCCCGGACAUGUUCCGAGGCGGCGGCGGCGUCGGCGGCAGUAUGCGUGUGCCCAACUCGGAGUCGUGCGUGGAGGUGGGCGCGGCCGACCUCGAGGACGGCGCCAACGGGCUGCAAGUCCGGCGCGGCAGCGAGCCCACCCUGCACCAGGACACGUUACCUCCACAACGAACGGCCACAGAGCAGACGAAACGCUGGUCAGCAGCUGUAGUCUGUCGGGACGACAACAGAACAACACAGAAAGUGCAUCCGUUGCCGGAUGGUCGACCACCAGACCCUGACAGACUCAAUCCCGGACACUUUCAGCGACAAAUUAAUAGACUUUCAAUGCAGUUCUCCGGACCUGGGAGUGGAGUAUGGCUAGACGCAGCCGACAGAGUGCAGAGCUACGGCAGCAAGAGCUUACCCCGCGACGCGAGAAGAGAGCCCCUCGGCCAGGACACGUCGGGCGACACCCACCGAGUCGAAGACAUGUUGCGAUGGGUGUCGGGAGUCAACAACGUCGCCAGCGUGCAUCCGCAGGAGCGCCCACUUGAUCUCUUACCUGAGGUGGGCAGCACGGAGCGAGCGAUAUCCGGCCAAGAAGUCCCAGUGAGCCCGAGCAGCAAGUCUGCGACGGCAACGCAAAACGUGUCCGUAACCCUCGUAAAAGGCGAGAAGGGACUAGGCUUCACCAUCACCACUAGAGACAAUCCUACAGGCGGACACUGUCCUAUCUACAUUAAGAAUAUCCUUCCUAAGGGCGCGGCGGUAACGGACGGGCGGCUGCGCGCCGGCGACCGCCUAGUGUCCGUCAACAACGUGUCGGUGUCGGGGCUCACGCAGCAACAAGUGGUGUCUCUACUCCGGAACACGCCCACAGACUCCACUGUCGACAUCGUGGUGCAGCGGCCUGUCAGCAGAACGCAGAGGGUUGAGCCCCAGCAGAGUCCACAAAAAUACUCAGAAAAGGCGAUAGGCACGCCCAACGGACAAUCCAAACCAGUGGACGUCGGUGAGAACGGCCGAGUGUCCAGUAUAGUGAACGCCAUCAACCAGGGCCCGGCGCGGGGCCGGAUACCCAAGAGCUCCUCGAAGGACGACCUUAUCAAAGACCAGGACAGUUCGCUGCAGGAAGCUUUGAAUUCUAGUUCUAACUCUAUCCUUAGUUUAAGAAAUCGUCUGAUCCUUCGACUAGACGUACCGGUGCACGACUCGGAGAAGGCCGGGCUGGGCAUCAGCGUCAAAGGCAAGGUCACCGUGGGCACGGACCCUCAAGACCUUGGCAUCUUCAUCAAGUCAGUGCUGCACGGUGGCGCCGCUUCGAGAGAUGGCAGAUUACACACGAACGACCAGCUGCUGAGCGUGAACGGCGUGUCUUUGGUGGGGCAGUCCAACGCCGAGGCCAUGGAGACACUCCGGCGUGCCCUGCUGCACGCGAGACCCAGCGUUCGUGGCAGCAUCUCGCUCACCAUCGCCAGGAGAACGGAUAGUAUGGACAGCCUCGCUCGGUGGAAAGACGACACGCCGCCCAACGGCAACGAGUCCGGCAACACCACCAACAGCGUCGACAACAAUAACAGCUCCCAAAACUUCAACACCGUCAUACACAACACCGACAAAGAGAACAAACCCACCGACUACAACCAGAACAAAUUCGACAACCACAAAGAGAGAAGCAUAGACAACGAACACAGAGGCAGCAAGAAACACGCGUCAAUAAUCACAAUAAAUAAUAACACGAGCUGGGUCUCCAAUCAAUCUGACGACAGCAAAGGGUAUUUAGAAAGAGAGAAAGAUACGGUUCCUCACGAUCCUAAAAGAGAUAGCUUCGAGUGGAGUCGCUUGGACGGUUGGAACCCUGUUAUAGACAGGCUGACCGGGUUGAGGAACGAGAGUUAUUAUAUGGCGACGCAACUGGACGCGCCGGUGACGAACGGCCAUUUUAGGCCUAACGUCGGACAUGUGCAUAUGUCGCGGUCGCCGCCCGCGCACCAUAACGUUAUUAUUGAAGAAGAUUAUGGAACUACGACGAGAGGCAGCACUAGCGGCCCCGGCGAGUCGGGCAGCGAGAGCGGCGCGGGCUUCAGCCGCGACGCGGUGGGGCGCCGCUCCAUGUCGGAGAAGCGCCACGCCGCCAUGGACGCCAAGACCACCGGCACCUACAAGAAGAUCAAGGAGAUCAAGGCCAUGCACUCAUUACAAGUGGGCCCAUCACUGGGAAUGCGGAAAUCGUCAAGUUUAGAGUCCCUACAAACAGCGAUACAGGAAAACCAAAGGAAUCCGCGGAACGAGCCGAUAUACGCGCGAGCGCAUCCACCGCUGAAGCACUGGCUGACGGACGGCGGCCGCGGGCCGGAGGGCAUGGUGCGCGGCUCGCCGCAGCAGUCCUCGCUCUCGCACAAGAAGCCCUCGCUGCUUAAAUCACUCUCCAACAUGUUGCGAAUCGGCAAACCCCACCACAAAAAACCGGAAACGGAAAUAUACGGGAGAUGUCAACCAGGCCGAGCUUCAGAAAAAUCACUGUCGAGGGAAGCGCUAGAGCGGCACAACCGGGAAGAGAGACUAGAGGAGAACACGCACAACAAGCCCGAGGUGCAGCACUCGCGGCAGAGCAGCGGCGAGCGCUCGGAGCGCGCGCCGCCCUACCGCGCACCGCCUGCACGCACAGCUCCCACGCGCCAAGGAAUGGAAAGUGCCUGGGGGCCAACCGGCCACUACGUCAACUACGACGAAAUCCAACAAAACCUUAACGCGCGGCGUGAAAAGUUGAGCGAAGUGCAAAUAGGGCAGAUGAGGCGGCAGGUUCACGCGCAGAGGGCCAAAGUCGAGGAGGAGAGUCGGCGGGUAGGCGCUACCACUGGCUACCACUCGCAGCGCUCCUGUAGGGACCCGCCCGCCGCGCGGCCGCAGUCCAACUACUACGAGUACGAGAGCGCGCCGCCCAAGCGACCUGGCAAGCUUUCCCAUUACCACUGAACAUCUGUGUAGUUAUUAGGCAAAAAGAUACCACUUCGUCCGUCAAUAACGCCCAAAGAUCCAGUUAGAAAUCGUCCAAUUAUUGACAAUCGACAAAGUGGUACCGUCGGGCGCCACUCGCAGCGUACCGAAGUCCAAGUAGGUACUUCCGCCUAUUCAAAACGAUCCAGUAACCUCUCGCUCUGAACGUAUUGUGCAGUCAG